GCCAGCCAAUAAGAUCACUCCGACUUCUAAUACUUCCUUGUUGGUUUUUUUUACGAUAAGGGUCUCGACCGGAAGCAAAACGUGAAAUUUCUUGAAAUAAAAAAAUACGUUUUAUUUUAGAACUUAUUUAGAUGAUGUGUAUAUAAUACAAUAAAUAUUUUGAACUCAUGUAAGAAUUUUAUGUGUGUAAAUAUACCUUGCAACGUGUAAGUUCACUAAAACCGAGCUUUCAUUUUGAAGCAAGUGUCUCUGUUACUUACUCUCCAACUAAAUACAAACAAACCCAGCAUUGGGAGUAGCUAUAGGUGACAGAAUGAAGGUGUUGGUGUUGAAAGAACCCAGAGAGAGUGAGAGUGGAGCAGAUCCAUACAUCAAGGAGCUGGCAGCGUGUGGACACUCGGCGACGCUCGUCCCCGUCCUGGCGUUUCAGUUCGUCUCUCUGAAUCGUCUGUCAGAUCGGCUGUUUGAUCCAGAAAGGCACGGAGGGCUCGUGUUCACCAGUCCCAGAGCGGUCGAGGCUGUAAGACGGUGUAUUGAGAGCAGUACACACAGAGAAGAGUGGAACACGGUGAAAGAACAGUGGAACGCAAAAUCAGUGUAUGUGGUGGGGAAAGCGACGGCGUCUUUAGUUGAGGCUCUGGGUCUGAAGCCCCUCGGUGAACACACAGGCACGGCUGACGUUCUGUCUCAGCUCAUCAUUGAGAGAGAAAAGUCCACGUCUCUGCCUCUGUUCUUUCCCUGCGGCUCGCUGAAGAGAGAAGUGCUGCCCACCGCGCUGAGACGACACGGUGUUUCUCUGGAGACGCUACCAGUCUACGAGACGGCUGAACAUCCGGACCUGGAGAAGAACAUCACGCGCUACUUCAGUGAGCAGGGAGUGCCAGCCAGCGUCGCUUUCUUCAGUCCUUCUGGAGUGAAGUUCUGCCUGGAGCUGGUGAAGAAGCUUGCCGGAGAAAACCUGGACCAGAUCAAGGGUCGCGGGGAACCUGGAGCCUAUCCCAGGGAGCAUGGGGCACGAGGCGGGGUACACCCUGGACAGGGUGCCAAUCCAUCGCAGGGCACAAUCACAUACACACUCACACACACAUUCAUACACUACGGACACUUUAGACACUACAAUCAGCCUACCAUGCAUGUCUUUGGACUGGGGGAGGAAACCGGAGUACCCGGAGGAAACCCCCGUAGCACGGGGAGAACAUGCAAACUCCGCACACACAGGGCCACGGUGGGAAUCGAACCCCCGACCCUGUUCGUUUCACACUUUAAAUUCGUAGUAAAAUUAGUGAUGACAUCACGGCUGAGUGUUUUUCUCUUCAUGGCGGUCAUGGGCUCGGCUGUACCGGAGAAACCGUUCCACAGUCGGGAUCACUCGGAUUUAGAAAUGUCCUCCUCUCAUCUGGCCGAGCUCAUCACUGACACCGGCACUGCUCAGCACUUUCUGUUCAAGUACGGUUUCAUGAAGCCAGUGAAUUGGGAAAGCACCCAAAGCCCUGACGCUGACACUCUACCUGAUGCUGACAUCUUCUCCGAGGACACGGUGUCUCUCGUUCAGGAAGGGACUUCCUCGUCCCGCUCAGGAGACACCGAUCAUCCCCGAGAGUCACCCGACUUUGUCAGAGCUCUGCUGGAGUUCCAGCGCCUGUCUGGUUUACCCGUUACAGGCGUGUUCGAUGACGCCACCAAAGUGGCCAUGAACAAACCAAGAUGUGGCGUCCCUGACAAGGAAGAGGACCAGAUUGAGACCAGCACCGCUGCAGUGAACCGAAAUGAAUCCUCUGAGCUUUUCAACACCACAGCGACUCCACAGAGUAACGACACAGACGUCGACGUAGUUCAGAACGGCACCUCUGACAAGGCCGAGACAGAAAAACAGCGCCACCUACAGACACUGAUGCGUAAAAGCAUCGGUAGGAGGAAAAGAAGCACUGGUGCAUCGUGGGGCCACGCUGCAUUCGCUAAGAGCGUCCUGACAUGGCGGCUGAUCGGCGAAGGCUACAGCAGCCAGCUCUCGGUAGACGAGCAGCGCUACAUCUUCAGGCUGGCCUUUAGGAUGUGGAGCGAAGUCUCGCCUCUGCAGUUCGUUGAGGAUCUGCGUUCACCACCGGACGUGAUCGACAUCAGACUGGGCUUCGGCACAGGUCGACACUUCGGGUGCUCUCAGAGGUUCGACGGUGCCGGAAGGGAGUUUGCUCACGCCUGGUUCCUCGGUGACAUCCAUUUUGACGAUGACGAGCAUUUCACCGCCCCCAACACGGGAAGUGGGAUCAGCCUGCUUAAGGUUGCUGUGCAUGAAAUCGGCCACGUGCUGGGCCUUCCUCACAUUUACCGCUCAGGAUCCAUCAUGCAGCCCAGCUAUCGGCCCCAGGAUGACGGCUUUGAGCUGGACUGGCUCGACAGGAAGGCCAUUCAGAACCUCUACGGAGGGUGCGGGGGUCGGUUCAGCACCGUGUUUGACUGGAUCAGAAAGGAGAGAACGGCGUACGGCGAAGUGGUCGUGCGCUUCAACACCUACUUCAUGCGCGACGGUCGGUACUGGCUCUAUGAGAACCGCAGCAACAGAACUCGUUACGGAGAUCCGGUGUCGGUGCAGGUCGGCUGGCACGGACUCCCGUCGUCCGGCGUGGACGCCUACGUGCACGUCUGGAGCCGCGACACGGACGCAGUGUAUUUCUUCAAAGGAGCUCAGUAUUGGAGAUACGACAGCGAGAACGAUCAGGCCUUCACUGAAGACGCAGACGGCCAGCGUUACCCCCGUCUCAUCUCCGAGGGGUUCCCCGGCGUACCGAGCCCCAUCGACACGGCCUACUACGACAGGAGAGACGCUCACAUCUACUUCUUUAGAGGUUCCAUGGUUUACAUGUUCGACGUCAAAGCUAACAAGCUAGCCGCUAAAUCUCCUAGGAAAAUGACCGAGUUGUUUCCUGCCCUGACCCCGGGCGACCAUCCUACGAGCAACCUGGACGCCGCAUAUUUCUCGUACACCCACAACGCCCUCUUCCUGCUAAAGGGCGCCUCCUACUGGAGGGUGGCGGGAAGGAGGGAGCGCAAGACGAAGCGCUCGCUGCCUUACAACAGCCUGCUGCCGAGUCGAGAGGUGCAGCAGCAGUGGUUCGACAUCUGCGACGUCCACGCCGGCGCUCUGAAAACGAACCGCCGGUGACGGAGGGGUCAGCGCAAGAACAAGCACUGUCCACCAGUCAGAGACUGCGGUUUAGAAGCUCUCGCGAUUCACCAGUCACUCCCAGCGCGCGUUCGAAUGGAUACCUCGCCGUCGACUUUUCAUUCCUAUUACCUGCCUAUUAACAACUAGUUGUCUAGUAACUAGUUCCUCCGUUUUCCGUUACACUGCUGCUGCUCGUAUCAUGUUCCGAACUUUAUCAUAUACGAAGACUAUCGCACACAAAUAAACCAAACAAGGUUGUAUUUUUGUCUAAGCAGCGCUGCUGUGCACGGGUAGAUCUGUGCACAACAUACAUUUCCUGCAGCAUUUUAGACGUUUAAUAUACGUUAUGUAAACACGAAAGCCCUACAGAUGACUCCAGACAUCCAUGAGACAAGAUUUAAAAAGGAGGUACAGUCAGGUCCAUAAGUAUUUGGACAGCGAGCGUUUUCGCAAUGUUGCCUCUGUAUAUGUGAUGGAAGUGUAGACUUUCAAUUCAAAGGGUUUAACAAAAAUAUUGCAUUAACUGUUUUGGGAAUUGCAGCCUCCAUUUUCUUUUCUGUUAAAUGUCUGGUUUCAUGUACUGGACCCUAUCCAUCAUAAAAGGGAUCCAGUCAGGUCCCUCGGUUGAUUACAUGCCGUUUGUUCCACCAAUACGUGAAAAGGAACAGUCCGUGUAUUCAAAGUAUUCAAAUGGCAUUGCAGAAUAUCGUUUUACACGGCAGUCUUAGCGAGAACCGGACGUAGCGAGAGCAGUCAGCGGUUUUCAUUUCCAUUUACGCAUUUUAUGCGAAAGCAGCUUUGAUCUUCGGCAGCCAUCUUGGAACCAGAACAAACAACUUUCCCUAUUAUCAGCAAAUGAAGAGAAAAUGAUUCAUAAUAACUCAUGAUGCCAAUAACCAACGCAACGUUUGUAGGCACGUUGUGACGCGAGUGUUUUUGUACAAAUCCGUAACGCAAACCCGAGUCAGACUCUCACGACGCGACUUAGACGUGUUCUGACACGUUCGCAAAGUCCAUACGGUUUUACAGAAUAUAAACGUGUAAAAACGCAGGCGCGGAGAGCUGUAGAGGUCUAGAGCAACGUUUCAUUUUAUGCACCGUUUCCUUAUUUAUAAUCCUAUUUAUCAGUGGACCAAAAAAAACACUGUUUACUUCCUGUUUGUGUGAAUUGAACUGUUGUUGUUUUUUAAUUAAUAAUUGUUUAUUUUUUGUACGAGAACAA